AUUACUUGAAGGUCCUGGAGUGUGAUCCACCCAGACUAAGGCACGUCAGGUCUUGACCUAGGGAUCAAGGGAAGGCUUGGCCGUCUAAGGAGCAGGAGGAGGCCUGCAUUCUCUUCUCAAGAUGCGAGAAAUUCAAAAACACUUCCUAACAGACACAGCAGGGGCCUUAACUGGUGUCUGUUUAGGAGAACCAAGAAGUGGCAUUUUCCUCCUUAACCUGGAGGAUUAGGGAAAGGGAGGAUCAGAUAAUUCUAGUCUCACAGAGGAUUCUUUUCUCUCUUUGGGGGACUUCUUCAUUAAAUGGACUGACUCCCCUAAUUUGUCAGCCUUUUAUCAGUUAUGUGUAUUUAAAUUAGUCUACUGACUUGAUGACUUUUGUCAUUAGUUGUUAGUCAACUACUUAUUCAUAUUUACUUCAACAAACAUAUUGAAUAGCCAACUUGUACUCAACUUCAUUGGGUUAGUUUGGGCUGUAUUUUGGUCUUGUCCUAAGCAGAAGUCUCCUCAACUAUAGCACGGUGACCCUUCAAAAAACCCUUUUACUGGUCAAGCAGAUUUGGAAAAGAAUACAAUAAAAUUCCUAGUAAUGAAAACUGAAAUGAUUGAAAUUUAAAACUUAAUUUAAAAAAAGAAUAAACAAUAGAUUUGACACACUUGAAGAGAAAAAUCAUGAAAGGGAAGAUAGAUGUGAAAAAACAAAACAUUCACGCACCCACAAAAAACUCUUUUAUGCUACUGCUUCCCUAAACACCUACGUAGUGGUCACCAAUAUGUGACUUAUCCCAAACUUCAUUUGCUCUGGCUCUUUUCCUCACAGUGGUCCUAUGUAGUGAUCUUAUUGGCUUCAUUACAUCUGGUAGCACCCUGGAUCACCUACUAAAUACGUGAGGAGGAAUAAAGAAGGAAAAAAAAAUCCAGGAGUUUUGGCCUCAUGUAAUAAUAAAGUUUUAACUUGGAAAUUUCUUAAAAAUAGACCACACAGUCUACAAAAAUUACAAUGAAGUAUGGAAUAAAUACAUUUUGGAGUUAGAAAUUUCAGGAUAUCUAGUAUUUCUGUUAGUCCAUUUCAGCUACCAACUCUGAUGUUACUAUGACCAUGUGACACUUGUGCUUACAUCUUGCCAUGUUUUAAACAAUUUUCAGGACACAAAGUGAAUUUAAUCCAGAGCUCAAGGGUCCUAAUCAUUUAGGUUCUCUUGCUGGCAGCCAGCCACACCAGUCCAUUGAUUCUCUAAUCCCCACCCCGGCCAGUUUUAAACCUUCAAUUUACCAGCUCCAGCUAUCUGACUUCAUGUGAAAGAUGGCUAAUGCGGAAGUGAGUGUCCCAGUGGGGGAUGUGGUUGUGGUACCCAGUGAAGGAAAUGAAGGGGAGAAUGCUGAAGAUACCAAAACCCAAGUGAUCUUGCAGUUACAGCCUGUACAACAAGGUUUGUUUAUCGAUGGACACUUUUACAACAGGAUUUAUGAAGCCGGAUCCGAGAACAACAGGGCAGUUGUGGCAGUAGAAACUCACACGAUACACAAAAUUGAAGAAGGGAUUGAUGCAAGCACUAUAGAAGCAAAUGAGGAUAUGGAAAUUGCUUACCCCAUAACUUGUGGGGAGAGCAAAGCCAUUCUCCUUUGGAAGAAGUUCGUAUGCCCAGGAAUAAAUGUAAAGUGUGUCAAGUUCAAUGAUCAGUUGAUCAGCCCCAAGCAUUUUGUUCAUCUGGCUGGCAAGUCCACCCUGAAGGACUGGAAGAGAGCUAUUCGUCUGGGUGGAAUCAUGCUCAGGAAAAUGAUGGACUCCGGACAGAUUGAUUUUUACCAACAUGACAAGGUUUGCUCCAAUACCUGCAGAAGCACCAAAUUUGAUCUUCUGAUCAGCAGUGCAAGAGCUCCAGUGCCAGGACAGCAGACAAGUGUGGUGCAGACACCCACUUCGGCUGAUGGUAGCAUCACACAGAUUGCCAUCUCAGAAGAGAGCAUGGAAGAGGCAGGGCUGGAAUGGAACUCGGCUCUCACUGCUGCUGUCACCAUGGCCACAGAGGAGGGCAUGAAGAAAGACUCAGAGGAAAUUUCAGAGGACACUUUGAUGUUCUGGAAAGGAAUAGCUGAUGUAGGACUGAUGGAAGAGGUUGUCUGCAAUAUACAGAAGGAAAUAGAGGAGCUACUCAGGGGAGUUCAGCAGCGGCUUAUCCAGGCUCCCUUCCAAGUCACAGAUGCUGCUGUUCUCAACAAUGUAGCACAUACGUUUGGCCUAAUGGACACAGUCAAGAAGGUUUUGGACAACAGAAGGAACCAAGUAGAGCAGGGAGAAGAGCAAUUUCUCUAUACUCUGACAGACUUGGAACGCCAGUUGGAAGAGCAGAAGAAGCAAGCUCAGGAUCCCAGGCUGAAAUCCCAGACGGUUCAAAAUGUGGUAUUGAUGCCUGUGAGCACCCCUAAGCCUCCCAAAAGGCCCCGGCUCCAGCGGCCAGCCUCUACCACCGUCCUGAGCCCUUCUCCUCCUGUCCAGCAGCCUCAGUUCACAGUCAUCUCACCCAUCACCAUCACCCCCGUGGGUCAGUCAUUUUCCAUGGGCAAUAUUCCAGUGGCCACCCUCAGCCAGGGCUCCAGUCCUGUGACUGUCCACACACUGCCUUCUGGCCCUCAGCUCUUCCGUUAUGCCACAGUGGUCUCAUCUGCCAAGAGCAGCUCACCAGACACAGUGACCAUCCACCCUUCAUCUAGCCUGGCGCUGCUAAGCUCCACCGCCAUGCAGGAUGGGACUACCCUGGGCAACAUGACCACCAUGGUGAGCCCUGUGGAGUUGGUGGCCAUGGAGUCUGGCCUGACCUCAGCCAUCCAGGCUGUUGAAAGCACCUCAGAGGAUGGGCAGACCAUCAUUGAGAUUGACCCAGCCCCAGACCCAGAGGCUGAGGAUGCUGAGGGCAAAGCAGUCAUUUUGGAGACAGAACUGAGGACUGAGGAGAAAGUCAUGGCUGAGAUGGAAGAACACCAGCAUCAAGUCCACAAUGUGGAGAUUGUGGUCUUAGAGGAUUAAGUGGGGGUCUCGGGGCCAGGAGAUAUGUUUUGGUUUGGAAUUUUAAUUAUUUGUUUAUUUUUAUCAUUGUCCCACUCAUUUCCACAUAGGAUCCUUUUUUUUAAAAAACAAAAUCUUGUUGUUGUAACUGAACAGGUUGGGUCCCUUCCACCCCCUCAUUGAAAAAUGGACAAAACAAGCUGCCCUUCCGGAAGUUGAGAGUAGGUCACUCAAUGUCCUAAUCCUCUUACACCAAGAAAGUUAUUUCUUUUAGGGGAGGCAUCAAGAUAACCAGAAACCCUAUCCAGAAAGCCCUUUCCAGGCUAGUCUGUCUGUGUACACAUGUGGUUUUGUUCUCAUAAAGGUGCAUUGACCAAACCAGGGAACACAAAUCUGACCCUGGAAGGCAACCCACUCACACGUGGAUGCAGAAGGAGACUUUAUUUUGUAUCCUGGAAGGGGCCCUCAGAGGCCAAUGCAAAAGUCUGAAACAAAAGUUAAGUUGCACUCUGCUUGGAGGGGAAGGUAGCGUACCAGCAGCAGCUUAAAAAGGGAAGUGCUUUGGCCAGGAUGGGGCAAGGAAGUUAUCUUACUUCCAGAAGUGCAACUGAUGCCUCUUAAUAUCUCUGAGGGUUACUAUCAUGGGUGCCGUUUUGAGGCAAGGCCAGUGUUAAGAAGAAGGGUACGUUUCCACCAAGCAAGUGGCGUCAGAGGCCUGUGGCUUGGCAGAAAUAGAAAUCCAGAGACGUCACAGCUGUGCUUUGGGGUUCAGGUUCACCUUGCCCCCCACUUUGUUAAAACACUUACCCUCCUAGUCCAUUCAUUUGCAAACUGUGUGAUGUGUAAAUUGCUGUGAUUCUUGGACUGUGGCUGUUCUCGGGGUGGGGCUCCAAGGCCAUCAUUUUUAUUGCAUGACUCCAGGAGCAGGAGAGUUCCUCAUCCAGACCAGCUGCCCUUUUUUGUGGGGCCCUUUUUUGGCUUUGGAACCAAAAGCAGCCACUCAUUUGGUGCUUCCUCUGUUCUACCCUCCGUCCCUCAGUGGUUAAUGGCGUCUGUCUCCUGGAUCCCACGCUCUUCAGAUUUUUGGCUGAUUCAGAGAACAGUGACAGGUGCCUGCCUGCCUUCAUCCCCUUUUAGAUUCAUAUGUACCAUUGAUACCACAGAUGUUUCUGUGAGAUAUUGAGCUCAUAAAAAAACCUUAGAUUUGGCAGGGAAGACUCAACACCCCACCCCAUCCUGCGGCACCGAGUAGAUGUCACCUCCUGAGCGAGCUGGACUCCCUGGGAAAGAAGCAUUGUCUGCAACAUUAUAUUAUAGGAAAUGUACCAGGAAUGUAAUAAUAAUAUCUUUGGGGGGGGGGUUAUUUUGUUUUCUCUUUUUUUUUUAUGUUUUUGUAUAUUUAGAGAUGGGCCCAUUUUCCGUGCUGUGAUUCCUUCUCUUUGACCAUCUUCAGUGUCUGGGGCAAGAGCGGAGCCUGUUUUUUGUUUCUUUGAUUGCAUUGUUUACUGCACUAGGAAAAAUAUAGGGAAACUGCAGACAAUUUAAAAGAAAAAUAGGUCAAAAAAGAAAGCAUACACUUCAGGAGUGGGAGAGUCUUUUUUUUUUUAAUUAAAUACAAAACUUUGACCUGUAGUUUCCUUUUUUUUUGAAGGCACCCACCUGAAGCUAUGUUUCUUCCAACAGAUGUUGGAAACCCUGUUGUUAAGCAAGUGAAAACUGCGUCCUGCCAUCCCUCAGAUAGCUGUGUAUAGCUAGAGAAGCCCUCUAACUUGAAAGGGUCAAUCUUAAAAGCCUUAUGGGUGAGAUUUCUGAACCCCAUACAGUUGUGGUUUUCAGCUUUAAGAUUGGGGUUUUAUUUUUCUUUUCAAAAUAUUUAAUAGACAUAGCAGUCAGUUUAGAACAAACCUUUGGCCCUUUAUAUAUCUUUAGUGAGGGAAGUGGCUUUUAUUUCUUGCUUCUUUAGGUUUUCUGUUGGUACAUAAACAAAAACAAAAUUUCUGCCUAAGCCUAAAACUGCUACUUGAACCUAGAAAGGCACAUGUCACCCCUACUGCGGUUUUUAGGGACACUUUUAUCUUUCCCAGAGACAAGAGGCUCAAAUCAGGACAGAGGAGGAGCCCUGGAGAACACCUGCUCACUAGCUCAGGUUCCUUUCUUUCCUCCGUCAGAGCUGUUGGUAGUGUUUUAAAGUAGUGUGAGCGUCAUGCUUCCAAAGUCAAGAGAUCACCUCCUAAAGACAGAGCCUGUUUACUUUCACUAUCUGAAUAUUCCAACUGGUGGAAAUACAUGAGCUUUGUUGUUUUCCUGGUC